AUGGCAGUACAGUAUCUGCACACAAGAACGGCUUUGUCUGAAUUGCAGGCACUCCUGAAAUGUUCCAAAUGUGACAAGAUUGCUAGUAGUCCAUGUACACUUGGCAGCUGUGAACACAUAUACUGCAGGGAUUGUUGUGAAGAUGUUUUGGGUAAAAGCUGUCCAGUCUGCCUCAUUCCGACAGAUGUACGUGACGCACAUGUUAAUCGUCAACUCUUCACCUUGGUUACUCUUUGUCAGAAACUGGAUGAAGCACUGACUAGUACACCAGACUCCCAGACAACAAGCUUCACACCAGUGUCAACAAGUAAUCACAAAUUUUCCACUUCUGAUACAAGAACAAAAUCAAACCUUACCAGGCAGCAGCAGCGUAGAUCUACACCCACAAAAGAUGAGAAAGUAUCAAGCACCAAAUGUGGCCCCUCCAAUAGUCCAGGGCCAAAGCUAGGUAACCUACAAUCUACACCUGGAAAAGGUGAUAAAGCACCAACCACCAAAUGUGGUCCCUCCAAUAGUCCAGGGCCAAAGCUUGGUAAACUCAGAUCUACCACAGGAAGUAAAGGUGGCAAAAGUAAUCCAUUGUCUAGUCCAGCAUCAAAGUUAGGUAACCGAGAUUCUGUUCCAGUCAAUCAAAGCACCAUGACACAGCACUUUGGCAAUAGAGAUGAUGAGGAGAUGACAGAGGACAGAGAAACCCAUGAUACAGAGGGGAAGGUAAAUGAUGAACCAGUAGGAAGUACCAUUACUGAUGAUGUCCAUAUCCUCCAGGACACUUCCAGGCCAGUCAGAUCAAGGACUAAACUAUCAAAAUCUCCUGGUCAUUCUAACGUAUUGGGACAGGAAAGUCCAGUGUCUACUGUCAAGACAUUUAAUGAUAAAACUAGCUCUACCCCAACAUCAACCAGAAAGUUGAAAACACAGUGUAAGAAGAGCUUUCCUGUCAAUAAAACAAGGAAUUUAAGAGUGAGAUUAUUGGAAAAGUCAGAUACGAACAGUAACCAAAAUAGUGAAAAUGUACUACCGAAGAAAGGAAAGAAUAAGAGACAUUCUAUUGGCGUAGUUAGAGCUGCGAGCACAUCUGUUAGUGCAACAGCUUCGGGGAAUAAGAAGUCACGGAGGAGUUUAUCUCCAACUGCAUUAACUAAAAGGUCUACAGCUGUUAUUCCAUUGUCACCAGCUACAAGGUCUAGAGGGAAGUUGACCCCUGUAAACACAUCUCUGACAGGAUCUGGAAAGAAGGUUGUGAAUGAGAUUGAGAGAAGAAAUGCAAAGGGGGAAACAUUCUUACAGGUGGCUUGUAUAAAGGGUGAUUUUGUGAGAGUUGAGGAACUGUUGAAUGGAGGAGCCACACCAAACACCAGGGACAACGCAGGAUGGACUCCUCUGCAUGAAGCAUGUCACCAUGGUUAUGUAGACAUUGCUCGUCUGUUGCUGGACCAUGGAGCUCUGAUCGAUGUGCCUGGUACAGAAAAUGCCACACCUCUUCACGAUGCUGUCUCCCAUGGUAGGGUAGAGUGUGUGGCACUUCUGGUAUCCAGAGGGGCAUCACUUACUGCAAGGAAUCUCUAUGGUUACACGCCAGUGGACUGUGCCCGAUCUGAAGAGGUCAAGACUGCCCUGAAAACAGCUGUUCAAUCUGUUUCAGUUGGCAGAGAGACUGUUGAUGUAUUGGAGUACCAGUUGCCAUGCUUGCUGGGCACAGCCCUCAACAGAGAGCAGAAGAUUGCUCUACAGAGAUGUGCAGCUGUACUAAAUGCUAAGGUCGUACAGGACUUUUGUCCUGAAGUUACCCAUGUAAUUACCAGUAGUAACCAGGAUGGCCAAUGUCCUCGCACCAUCAAAUACCUGAUGGCUGUACUCCAGGGCAAAUGGAUCCUCAAUAUGGAUUGGAUAAAUACCUGUCUGGAGUACGGAAGUCGUGUCAGUGAAGAGGCGUUUGAAGUGCCAGGAACAAGUACAAACCCCAACACACUAGCCCCACAAAGGGCUAGGACAAAUAGCAGGCUUCAGCUACCUGGUCUGUUUGAUGGGUGCCAGUUUUACUUCCAUGGUAAGUUUGAGUAUCCCACACCAGAAAAGUCCGAACUUCUUGAUCUUGUCAAAGCUGGUGGAGGUCUCGUUCUGAAGAGGGAACCAAAAGUAGGAAGUUUGGAUGAAUCAACAUUAACAGUCCCUUACCAUGCUGAUCCAGACAGUGAUGGUGCCCAGUGUUGUGUGUUUGUGCUACAUGACAAUUCUGUGUCAUUUUCUAAGAUCAACACAAGAAGAAUGUGUUCAUUACCAGUCAGCUGGCUGAUGGACUGUAUUUCAAGUUUUUCAUUAAUUAGUUAUUGUAAUAGAUAUUAA